AUGUUCAUUUACUUUUUCAAUCCCAAAGUGGCAGUAACACUUCUUUUGGGUGAUUUACCAUCCGCCGAUGUAGUACUGCUUGAAUCGCAAGCAAAUGGGAAUUAUUCCGUAUACAAUGGAAUGCACGGAAAGUCGAAUAAUAAGAAUUUAGGUCGGAACCAGUGGAAUUUGGC